AUGGAUCCCUUCGGCGCCGAGGGCGAGCUCGUGAACAUCCACACGGCUUUCAUCCAAGGCCAAUACACCUCCGUUCUGAACGACUUCGAUGCAUCAUCGUUCUCAGAAAGCAAUGCCCUCCCCAUCCGAAUCCUCCAAUACCGCGCCCAGUGUGCUCUCGGUCAACAUCAGGAAGUCAUCUCAGCAAUAAGCGACAGCGACGCCAAAUCAGCACCCGACCUCGCGGCUGCGAAACUUUACGCUUCAUACCUGCACUCUCCCAGCGACAGUCUAGUCUCUUCAGCAGAGACUCUCGCAGAGCAGGCUAGCGAUAACUUGCACGUCCAAGUCCUCAUCGGCACAGUAUUGGCAAGAGCCGGCAAGCCAGACCAGGCUCUCGCACUGCUUGCAAACCACCAAGGCUCCCUCGACGCCGUAGCGCUCAUAAUCCAAAUCCACCUCUCCCAAACCCGCGUCGACCUCGCCCUCAAGGAAGCGCGCUCGGCGCGCUCCUUCGCACAAGACGCUCUCCUCGUGAACCUCGCCGAAUCCUGGAUCGGGCUACGACAAGGCGGAGAAAACUAUCAGAAGGCAUUCUACGUAUUCGAGGAGUUGGCGCAGGGACCAAGCAGUGCGUCUGCGACGAGCUUGAUUGCGCAGGCCGUUAGUGAGUUGCACAUGGGACGAGUAGAAGAGGCGGAGACGGCGCUGGGACAGGCGAGCGCAUUGGAGCCGGAGCAUGUGGAGGGGAUUGCGAAUGAUUUGGUGCUGAAGACGAUAGUUGGGAAGGAGACGGGGGAUUUGGUGGCGAAGUUGCAGACGGUUGAGAAGGAGCAUGAGUUGUUGAGGGAGUUGGCGGUGAAGAGGGAGCAGUUUCAGGCGGCGAUGGGGAAGUAUAAUCCGAAGUUUGAGCCGUAA